ACUCCAGACUUCCCCAAAACCCUACCCUCCCCUCACUCGCCUCCCCUAACGCGUCUCUGCACUCUCCCCUCUCUCUCUCUCUCUCUCCCCUCUCUUCUUUCUCUCUCUCUCUCUACACUUCUUCGAGGUAUCAUCGCCUUGACUUCAUCUCCCUCCCCAACACAUUCACAUAAAACAACAAACAAUUACACAUAUACAGACAUGUAGAGAUUGAUACAGAGAGAGAGGGGGGGGAGGACAGGUUAACGACGUGCGCACCUCAGGUGUAACGUAGAGUCGGUCGCUCGGCCGCCAUGGCCGAGUUGGCUCAAGCUGAAGUGUACGCGCGGAGGACUUCACAGCUAUGGAGAACACUGUUGAAUUGGCUAGCCUUCUUCUUCCAGAUCUUCGUUCAGAUGGUCAGAGGCACUCCUUCCAUGGCUCAAAUUCUCUCCUUUCUCGGUCUUGGCCACCACCACCAACACCACCACUCUUUGCUCUCUUCGAAUUCGCCUUCGUUCAAGCCAUUGCCCGUCUCUGAAUUGCCAGAAUUGAAAGAGCCGCCGGCCUCGGCGGCGGUGCGAAUUACCGGCGGAGGAGUCGGUACUGACGACAGCGACGAUCAUCGGCCGAUCGAGAGGCUUACGGUGGUUCUUGACUUGGACGAGACUCUAGUUUGUGCCUAUGAGACAUUUAGUUUGCCGGCUAUUGUUCGUAAUCAAGCUAUAGAAGCUGGGUUAAAAUGGUUUGAAUUGGAAUGCAUAUCUUCAGACAAGGAAUGUGAAGGCAAACCCAAAGUCAACUAUGUUACAGUGUUUGAACGUCCAGGACUACAAGAAUUUUUAAAACAACUCAGCGAAUUUGCAGAUCUUGUGUUGUUUACUGCAGGGCUUGAAGGUUAUGCUAGACCCCUUGUUGACAGAAUAGAUGUCGAAAAUCGUUUUACUCUUAGACUGUACCGGACUUCAACAAUUAGCACUGAAUACCGUGAACAUGUGAAAGAUCUACGUUGCCUAUCAAAGGAUCUCUGCAGAACAGUUAUUGUCGAUAACAACCCAUUCAGCUUCUUAUUGCAACCAGUGAAUGGCAUUCCAUGUAUCCCAUUUUCUGCAGGACAACCACACGAUGAACAGCUUCUGGACGUCCUUCUUCCUCUCCUCAGACACCUCACUGAGCAAAAGGAUGUCAGACCUGUUCUAUACGAGAGGUUCCGCAUGCCCGAAUGGUUUCAAAGGCAUGGAAUCCCUUGUUCUUGUUGGACAAAGUAGGAUGUAAGAUCGUACACAACCAAAGUUUCAGUCUGAGGCAACCAUUCUUCAUCAAACUCAGGUCCUUGUAUAGCAUCGUUUUGUACAACACGAGCAAUUGGUGAAAUCACUAAUUUACGGAGUCUCAUAGCGAAGGUUUCCCUGCUGCAUCAAUCAAACAUGUACAAUCCCAUUUGUGGUACGUAGAAUUGUCAAAACUCUGAUUCUUAUGUAAACUCUGUUUGUGUUGCUAGUGUUUGAUUUUUUUGCAUGUUCUAUACCUUGUAAAACUGAUUUAAAAAAAUAUUUGUAGUUUACAAGUUUCUCUUGUUGCUCAAUACUACGAUGGAGUAAGUAACCAUUUUGUUUUAUUUUCGUUUUGUUAUCUGCUAUUGUAAAACCAAGAAAGGGUUUGAUGCUUCUGUGUGUUUCC